AGGCAGGCGGCUGGGGGCUGGGAAACUUCUGGGUCUUGGGCCAAGAGCUGCCCCAAGAGAGGGAGAUCCUCUUGCCUGCACACGCGUGAGGGAGGCGCCCCACCGAGCAAUGAGAGCCGUGACUGUGGCAGGGCAUAUUUGUGCUGGGACUGUUCGGGCUGUGCUGUGGGCAAGAGAGCGGAGGAACUGUGCUGCUUCUGUGCUUCAUCGCUGCUCCUGCAUAUCGACCUCCUUGUUGGCGUGGUUGGCCUGCACUGUCGACUGCGAGCUGUGCCCCGUAAACCACAGCGGGAGGCCAUUGGAUGACCUCUAUGCGACGUUCAUCAAGGACCUAGAGGUUGCAGCUGAAUUAAGUUGCGGCCCGGAGCCUUUGGGAUUUCUAUUCACCGUUGAUGGCAUGAUUGUGACUGUGGACAAAGGCAGUUGGGCAGAGAGGCAUGGCGUUCAAGUGGGUGACCAGAUCCUUGCCAUCAGCGGCUUUUCGAUGGAGAAGUUCCUACAAAAAAAUCCCACCGCGCGAAGUCGCAUGUCCUUAAUGGGGCCCCAACGCGUGGUCCUUCGACUCAAAGCUGAAAAGGGCCAUGUCAAAGAAGCCAUCCGAACGGUUCAGUCGAAGCCGAUCACCCACCAGCGUGCCGAUUUUAGGCGUGCUUUGCAGGAAGAAUCUCAACGUUUUUCCUUCCGUGAGGCCUUGCAAAAGGAACUGUUGCAUUGGCGGCCGCGCGACACCUGGCCGUUCCCAGGGUUGGCUGCAAGCUCUGUGGAUGCCGUUGUGGAAGUCAACCAGUUGUGCUUCGGCCAUGACGAGAGCACGCAGAGCGGCCGGCGGCCGGCCCGCAUUAAGGAGAUGGAGGCAGCUGCCCGAAAGUUGCAAUCCCUGUUUCGAUGGCGGAAGUUGUGGCAGCAGCUCGACACAAGCCAAGAACGUGCCGAGGCAGCGACAAAGAUUCAAUCAAUGCAGCGUGGAAGGCAGAUCCGAAGAGGUGUUGCAGCGCAAUUCGCAGCUUUCCACGAGGAUCACACCAAGUCUGACACGAGCAUGGUCGGUUCCGAAGGAAGCGAGGGUCAAGCUGACCACGUUGGUGCUGAUUUGCCUCGGACGCUGGGUGAUGUUGCUGAGCCGCCCGCCCAGCACAACAAGCCCCGGGCAGAAGAACCCGAGGUUACAGCUCGAGGAGUGGACUUGAAGAAGUCGACAUCAAGCGAAGAACCUGUGGAAGUCCAACGUGGUGGACAUUCAGUUGUGGAGCAGGAAGUGCCCAGAGUGCAACUGCACAGAGCUUCUGGAGCUUCUGCGGCUCCAGAACCACGAGCACCGAAGGUGACGAACUUCUUUGACGCUCCAGAUCCUGUGUUGGAAGCUGCUGCGACUCGCAUUCAAGCCGCGGAACGGGGCCGGCAAAGCAGGAAGAAGCGCCCAGCACCCUCGUUUUCGGCCGGGCCUAUCUCGCCGACUGGGCCAGCGGCUGAGGAGACCGCGGAGGGCCAAUGGAAUUCGGUUCCACCACUGACGGUGGAGGAGUCCACUGACUGGCUGGGAUCACCGGAAAGUGCUUCCUGGAAUGGGGAGGAGCAAGAAAGGGGUCAUCAACCCAUCGACGCGAUGACGAGCCCGGACGACACUGGGGAGAUCGUCGACACGAGCUCAGUCAAGAAGGACGAUGAACCUGGAAAAGACCACAUUUUCCAAGUCCGCACUGAAGUGGCGCCAGCUGACCCAAGUCUUCAGCCUGCAACUGAAAGUGACUCUUUCAAGAUUGAGCCUGUGAAAUUCGACCAAGCCAAGAGCACCGCCGUCCAACCAGAAUCGUUGCAAAGCCCACGACGGCAAACCAGCCAGGGCAGCGAUGAGGCUCCAAUCAAUACCAUGGACUUCCUCUCCGAGGAGGCAGCAGUGGCUGUGCCACAGCAGCGCCUUCAACUGCCCAAACCCAAAAAAUCACCCAGGCAGCGCCCCGACAGGAUCGGACCAAUCAUCCCCAAGCCGCAGCCGAAAGCUCCAACAACUCCAGCGUCUGACUCAAGCGCGUGGCUCAUCGACUUAUCCAGCUCCGGGGAGCUCCAAGACCCCGCGAAAGGGGCCGCCGCCGAUGCUCUCGGCCCGUCUCCGCGCGGGCGAGUGCAGCCUCAGGGCUUUCGAAUUCCGAAGGAAAAAGAAAAAGAGAAAGAGAAGUGACUCGAAGAGAAAGAAAAAGAAGAAGGACCGCAAGGACCGCAAGGACGAGGAAGUGGAUCUGGACAGCUUUGGAUUCCAACUUUUCUGAUUGGUGCCCGUCUCACAUGUACAUAGUGGAGCGAGAGAGUCAAGCCCGCACAGCGAGAG